CAGGCUCCCGCCGGCCCCAUGAGGACCCCCAGGCCGGAGCUGGGAGCCCGGCGCGGCCCGGACCGGAGUCGUGCUGUGGCCGUGGAGCGUUAGACCGGCAAGGUGUCGAAGCCGCCCCUCCGCAGCCCACCGCGGCCCAGGAUGCGGCUGGGCCGCCGGGCCCUCUGCGCGCUGGUCCUGCUGCUCGCCUGCGCCUCUCUGGGGCUCCUGUACGUGAGCACCCGAGACGCCCCGGGCCUCCGGACCCCUCUUGCGCUGUGGACGCCCGCACAAAGCCCCCCCAGGCCUGAGCUGCUAGAUCUUGCCCCUGAGCCCCGCUACGCACACAUCCCGGUCAGGAUCAAGGAGCAGGUGGUGGGGUUGCUGGCUCAGAACUACUGCAGUUGUGAAUCCAGUGGGGGGAGCCUGUUUCUCCCCUUCCAGAAACAGGUACGAGCCUUUGACCUCACCAAGGCUUUUGACCCUGAGGAACUGAAAGCUGCCUUUGCCUCCAGGGAACAGGAGUUUCAAGCCUUCCUUUCAAGGAGCCAGUCCCCCGCUGACCAGCUGCUCAUAGCCCCUGCCAACUCCCCACUACAGUAUCCCCUGCAGGGUGUGGAGGUUCCACCACUCAGGAGCAUCUUGGUGCCAGGGCUGAGCCUGCAGGCAGCUUCAGGUCAGGAGUUAUACCAGGUGAACCUGUCUGCCUCACUAGGCACCUGGGACGUGGCAGGGGAAGUGGGUGGAGUGACUAUCACCGGAGAGGGGCAUCCAGAUCUCACUCUUGCCAGCUCAGGGUUGGACCAGCUGAACCGACAGCUGCAGCUGGUCACUUACAGCAGCCGGAGCUACCAGGCCAACACAGCAGACACAGUUCGGUUCUCCACCGCGGGACAUGAGGCUGCCUUCACCAUCCGCAUAAGACAUCCCCCAAACCCUCGGCUGUACCCGUCUGGGUCUCCACCCCAGGGAGCCCAGUACAACAUCAGUGCUCUGGUCACUAUUGCCACCAAGACCUUCCUUCGCUAUGAUCGUCUCCGUGCACUCAUCGCCAGCAUUCGCCGCUUCUACCCCACCGUCACCGUGGUCAUCGCCGACGACAGCGACAAGCCGGAGCGCGUCAGCGGCCCCCAUGUAGAACACUAUCUCAUGCCCUUCGGCAAGGGCUGGUUCGCCGGGAGGAACCUGGCAGUGUCUCAAGUCACUACCAAAUACGUGCUGUGGGUGGACGACGACUUCAUCUUCACGGCGCGCACGCGGCUGGAGAGGCUGGUGGAUGUGCUGGAGCGGACGCCGCUGGACCUGGUGGGAGGCGCCGUGCGCGAGAUCUCCGGCUUCGCCACCACUUACCGGCAGCUGCUGAGCGUGGAGCCCGGCGCCCCAGGCCUCGGGAAUUGUUUCCGGCAAAAGCGCGGCUUCCACCACGAGCUGGUGGGCUUCCCAGGCUGCGUGGUUACCGACGGCGUGGUUAACUUCUUCCUGGCACGCACCGAUAAAGUGCGCGAGGUGGGCUUCGACCCGCGCCUCAGCCGAGUGGCACACCUGGAAUUCUUCCUGGAUGGCCUUGGUUCCCUUCGGGUUGGCUCUUGUUCCAACGUCAUUGUGGAUCAUGCAUCAAAGUUGAAGCUGCCCUGGGUGUCAAGGGAUGCUGGAGCAGAGACUUAUGCCCGCUACCGGUACCCAGGAUCGCUGGAUGAAAGUCAGGUGGCCAAACACCGCCUGCUCUUCUUCAAACACCGGCUGCAGUGCAUGACUGCUGAAUGACAGCCACUUGGGGCCUUCCCCUUUUCAGGCUGGACCUGCUUCCUCAUCCCUGCCAGGAAAAUUUCCAGCAAACCUCUCCACCCUGCGAGCACGCCACGAUUUCCCCUCCCCUUCAGAACCUGAUUCCAAGUAGGGGCUUGUCCUGGUGACACCUCUCCUUUUCUGUAAGUGCCCAGGGGCCUGAUGGAGCCAUAACCUCUUCCACAGCCAGUGCCAAGUUCUCCCCCCCCCACACCCCAUUCUAUGGGGCAGGAAGUGAGGGGUUCACUUUCCAAGUGCCAAAGAGCCCAGGAGGACUCUAAGACCCUGAAGUGAAAAACAUGCUCCUCUCAUCUCCUUGGAUCUGGGGGUGGUGGGGGAGCUCCCAAUGUGCAAUCCCAGGGCCUUGUACCCCGUCCCCAGCUCUGGAUCCAAUACUUUGUGCACCAGCUCCAGCCCUCCCCUUCCCAGAGAGCACUGUGACUCUGGAGCUCCAAGGGGCUGGUGAACACA